AUGGUAUUUCUAUACAUCAUAACCAGAUACAAUUCUGGAAACGUCGAAAAACAAAUCAACGCAAAAACGGCUUUAGCGAUAAAGAAGCAACAAAAAAGUAUUGCCGAUUUAUCUAAAAUUGUAAAACACCUCGGCUACGAUAUUCGUGAAGUUCGAGAUGGGGUUGCAAGAAGUAGUAAUGCGGGAUCUGGUACAUCCAAAUCACCUCAAAAUUAUACUGGUACCAUUUUCGAACUGUGGGAAGAAAUUGAUGCAUUAUUCAACAAGAAAAAACGUACUGAAAAACGGUCCAUGGCAAGGCUGUACCCCAAGGUUGCUGAGGAAAUUCAUGAGCUCGUAAUUAAGCAUAAGAAGGGUGUAGCAAUCAGUGACGCAACUGUUAGAAAUUUUCAUAAAAAAUUAACAAAAAAUCCGAAAGAGGAUACACUAGAUUCAUUAAAAUUAUGGGU